CGCGCAUGCGCGUUUCCAGUGCGCCUGCGUGGGCAGUGGGCCUGGAGCGUUUGGGCGCGGGUAGUAACCGCAGACAACCGCCCCACGUUGGCCAUUGAAGAGUGGCUCAUGAGCCGGGCUCCGGGGUCCCGGUCUCCCAAGGACACCCUGGGCCCUCGGCGACGGUGGGGCAGUUCUUCCCCGACGCCUGAGUGGACACGAAGCCCUGCCCCCGGCGUUGGUUCCCGUCCUCGCUCCCCCAGCCGCGGGAGCCCACGGCCUCCGUGGAGUGGGGCAGGCGGCCGCCCUUGUCACCCAGCUGGGCGCUUGGGGUCCCGAGAGUGGGCCCCAGCGCCGCGCAGCUCUAGCCCCUCCUUCUCCUGCUCCGGCUACUGUGGUGGAUACCGCUACCAGCACCGCUAUGCGGGCGACUGGCAGUGGGUGGAAGACUAUGAGAAGGAGAAGGAGGAGAGCUGUCGGCAGCGGAGGCUGAAGGAGAGGGAGAGGAUUGGGGAACUGGGAGCUCCUGAGGUGUGGGGGUUGUCACCAAAAUCUCCCGAGCCGGAUUCUGAUGAACAUACUCCAGUUGAAGAUGAGAUAAAGAGUCAGAAGAGCAGUGGCUCAGAAACCAACUCUGAAAAAAAGAGGAAGAGGACCAGUUCAAAAAAGAAAAAAAGAAAGAAAAAGUCUUCUGAAAGGAAGCGUAGGAAGUAUUCGGAUAAUGACAAUUAUUCAGAGUCUGACAGUAAUUCUAGCACUGAUGAUGACAAAAAGAGAGUCAAAAAAGGCAAAAAGAAAGAGAAGAGAAAGAAACACAAAACAAAACCCAAGAAAAAGAAUAAGAGAAUGAAAAAUCUCAGUGACACAAGCUGUAAAGUUUCAGAAGGGAAGUUUCCAGAAAAUACUUGGAUUGAGCAGUCAAAGACUUCAGAUACCACGGGUUUAUUAAUUGGUCCAGAAGUACCCAUAAUAUAUACCUGUCAAGAUGAGAAGCCUUUAAGUUACGGCCAUGCUCUGCUUCCAGGAGAAGGUGCGGCUAUGGCAGAGUAUGUAAAAGCUGGAAAGCGAAUCCCACGAAGAGGUGAAAUUGGACUGACAAGUGAAGAGAUCGCCUCAUUUGAAUGCUCAGGCUAUGUCAUGAGUGGUAGCAGACAUCGCAGAAUGGAGGCUGUACGACUGCGGAAAGAGAACCAGAUUUAUAGUGCUGAUGAGAAGAGAGCCCUUGCAUCCUUUAACCAAGAAGAGAGACGAAACAGAGAGAAUAAGAUUCUAGCCAGUUUGCGAGAGAUGGUGUACAGAAAAACAAAAGGGAAAGAUGACAAGUAAAGAUGUGUUUGUUACACA